UACAGUGAUUAUAGAUUAUAGAUUAUUGAUUGAAUCAGCUCCAUAUAGAACAUAGCUCUAGAGUCUAUACAGUGAUUAUAGAUUAGAGAUUAUUGAUGGGGAAAUGUUACAGGUUAUAGCUUUAAGAGUGUUAGUGAUAUCAACAGGGACCAGUCACAGAAAUGUUCUUUAGUCUUUAAAAUGACUGUCAGUGUGUGAGCUGUGUGAGCUUCCUACGGUCCAAAUGAUUUUAGCAGAAACAUUUCCGGUGUGUGUGAACGCUGUAAAACCGACUGUACUCACUGUGUGUCCUCAAUGUUUCUGUAUCUCAGCGUUUGUAUGGAAACUGAAUUUCUGACGAUGUCACCAAUAAAAAACAGAUUGUGAUCAGAUUCAUCUGGAGCACAGAGCAGAUAAAAGUGGUGUGUGUGUGUGUGUGUGUGUGUGUGUGUGUGUGUGUGUGUGUGUGUGUGUGUGUGUGUGUGUGUGUGUGUGUGUGAGAGAGAGUGUGUGUGUGUGUGUGUGUGUGUGUGUGUGUGUGGUGUUUACCUGCCGCCUUCUUUAUGCCUGUUAAGUCAGUAAAGCCUGUAAUCUCCACCCGCCGCUGCCCGCUGAUUAAAACACACACACACAAUCAAACACACACGCGUGCCCCCUCUUUGAGGCGGUCCGGAUAUCGGGUGUCUGCGCGGACUGACGGACGGUCUGUGUGCUUCCAGAUGUUCUCCGUUUGGAUUUGACCUAUUCUCCAUUACAUGCUGAUCUGAGCAGCUUAUGGUGUUUGUGUUCAACGCAGUGGUGUGACAUUUAACCCUGCAGGGGGGACGCACCCCCCCAAUCCAUUAAUUGAUUAGUGAUUAUCUGACAAAGACUGCAGCCACCUCAACAGAAACUCAGCCGGUCUCCGUGGGUUCGUCCAAUCGCAGCAGCUCCUCUGAAAGUUUGUCCAAUCAGCAGUUUCCCCGAUCGUCACCAAACUGCUGGAGGUUUCUGGAAAAUGUAGAGACACAAAUAAUAAUGCUCCUUCUUUCAUUUCAGCUCCCAUGGCUGUGGACUGCUCGCGUCAACUCUAUUCAUUAUAAUAAUAAUAAUCAAUUAUACCCCCAAAAAAUCUUAAAAACAUUUAUCACCUUCAAUUUUAAUACCUUUUUACAAAAAGAUGUUUUUGUAGUUUCAUUGCAAAAUAACAGAGUAAAAACACUGAAUGCAUCAAAACUUUAUAGGAAAGCUUUAUAGAAUAGUUCAUUACAAAAAUGAAACACACAAUUGUUCUCACCCCAAAGAAAUCUGCGUUCCCAUGCAUCCUGGAAAACCUGGAAAACCUGGACAACCUGGACAUUUAGAGACUAGUUUUCCAGUUAGACCUAGAAAUUGAUUCAAAUGAGCAAAAUAUCCUGAAAAGAAUGUGAGUUAUCCUAGAAAGCCUUAACUGUGUUACAGCCAGAUGAAUGUGAGGGUUAGCUGUGGUGAACAACGUAAAGCAGAGCGUCCGUUGGUGAGCGAGUGCCGCCCUAAAGACAAAUGAACUGUUAACUGUUAAACAAUGUUUACUUGGCUUUAAAUGUAGACACACAUUUGGAUUAAAGUGUACAGCGAGGUGUGACAGCGGUAAAAUGAAGCUCUGUUCCACAUUCAAAUCUGAGAUCUGACAUUUUCACAUUUAUUUAAGUCACUUUAAAGAUUUGGUCCACUUUAAAUGCAGCUUCAUCCACACUCCACCAGAGUUCAGGCUCUAAGGGGAGGUGACGGCGUUAGGGUGAGCAGUGAAACGCAGCAGUGCCUGAAUACAAUGACAGAGUUUGAACACUGCUGGAAGAACAACAUUUAAUUACAGAACUGUUCCUGAUUGCACAUUACUGAGCUCUUAUUGUGAAACUCUCUCUUUGUGUUGAUUCCCUGAUGUUUGCUUUGGCUCCAACGUUGUUUUUUUAUCAUAAUUACAGCCAGUAAAGCUUCAGUGGAAUUACAUCUGAGUGGUCGAGAGAGGUAGAGUGUGUGUGUGAGGGGGAGAGAGAGGUAGAGUGUGUGUGUGAGGGAGAGAGAGAGAGAGAGAGAGGUAGAGUGUGCGUGUGAGGGAGAGAGAGAGGUAGAGUGUGUGUGUGAGGGAGAGAGAGAGAGAGAGAGAGGUAGAGUGUGUGUGUGAGGGAGAGAGAGAGAGAGAGAGAGAGAGAGGUAGAGUGUGUGUGUGAGGGAGAGAGUGAGAGAGUGUGUGUGUGUGAGGGGGAGAGAGAGAGAGAGAGAGAGGUAGAGUGUGUGUGUGAGGGAGAGAGUGUGUGUGUGUGAGGGAGAGAGAGAGAGAGAGAGGUAGAGUGUGUGUGUGUGAGGGAGAGAGAGAGAGGUAGAGUGUGUGUGUGAGGCAGAGAGAGAGAGGUAGAGUGAGGUGUGUGUGUGUGUGUGUGUGUGUGAGGGAGAGAGAGAGAGAGGUAGAGUGUGUUUGUGAGGGAGAGAGAGAGGUAGAGUGUGUGUGUGAGGCAGAGAGAGAGAGGUAGAGUGAGGUGUGUGUGUGAGGCAGAGAGAGAGAGGUAGAGCGAGGUGUGUGUGUGAGGCAGAGAGAGAGAGGUAGAGCGAGGUGUACUCAGACUGAUAUCCUCUGAUUGUUUGUGAUGUGUUCAGUUGGAGGCUGAGCAGCUUCACACAGCAACCCUCUUUCAUUAGUUCAUUAUUAUUCACUCUUUAAUUAACAAUCUCACUCUGUCACAUUUUAGUUGUUGGAUUAUUUGUCAGCGCAGUGUCGGCUGUCUCAGGUGAGUUUAUCUCUUUCUUUCAUUCAUUCACUAAAGAACCUGUGGAAUCACUUUAAAGUUCAUUAAUGUGAGGAUUAAAACAGGAUACAUUGUUUUUCAUUCGUUCAUAUUUCUGUGUUUUAUGUUUUAAUUAAAUACACAUUUUAAUUUUGAUUGUAUUUCUUUUUGUAUUUGAAUUAAUAAUAAGUUGACUCUUUCAUGUGGUUAACCAUCAGUUCAUCCACAGAAGUGAAAUCCUCCCUCCACCUCCAGGACACCAUAAUUAAGUCAUUAUUUAAUUAGAAUAAACAGAAAUUAACGGCAUGAUAUUUAUUAACGCAUCCCCUCACACACACAUUGAUUUAAUAAUAUAAUCAGUAGAAGUAACAGAAAUGUGCUUAUACCAGAAGAAAUUUAGUCAGAAAUACAAAAAUGAAAAACAAUUUAAUCCUUAAAGAAGAUUAAUUUAAAGAUAAUUGAAUUAAUUAAAUUAAAGAUAAACUGAUGAAAUGUACCCGAGCCCUUAUUGUUCCUACCAAUCGUUAUUGUCUGUAGGUUUUAUAAUAACAUUUGACAUUUUGCCUCAUAAAUUCUCAAUAAACAAAAAUGUCCAAAUGAAUUAAAAAGGUGUUUUUGAAUGUUGUAAAAAUAAAGUAACAUUUGUCCCAGUAAAUGAAUCAGUGCUUAUAAUAACAUUAAUAUUAAAGGGAAACUACAGGAUUCAAUAAAUGAUGUAAUAAAGGAAACAGCUCCACAUUAUAAAGAGAAUAAUAAAGGAUUCAUCAUCAAAUGUGUUUUAAUAGAAAACUGUAGAGAAGUGUAAAUAUACACAGAGGAGUCAGGAAAGGAAGGAAACAGUUUGUUUAAAGGUUCAUUGGAGGUAUUUUAAAUAAAGUUUGUCUGAUUCAGUUUAUUCUGAUGACGUCUAGAGCGGAGUGAAAGCUUCGAUUUACGGCGUCUAAAAUGACUGAAACAAUGUCAGCAGGAGCUCACAGAGAGCUGAGCGCUGAGCAAGAAGAACAAGAAAUUUAAAUUCUGCUGGAAAUCACCAAAGUUAUUUUUUGGGGGGAUUUAUAAAGAAUGAGCGUACAGGUUUACUGAGCUCACAGGAGACAGUCAGUGAGUCAGGGAUUAAAAUAAAAGACUAGUUUAUCAACCUAAAGUUUAUUUGAGGUUCAGAACAAGGUGCUUCUGUCUGACUGUAGUAAAUGUGUCUUUCUCUGUGUGUCCAGAUGAAGGUGGAGGGGCUACAGGAGGACGGGGAGUCUGGUUCUGUGUCCUCAGCAGACCGGGCCGCCACCGCCGCCGCUCGCACCGGCGGGACGGCGGGGUGCAGCCCUGGGUCGGCCGAGCGCUGCAUGUCCCGGCUGCUGAGUGCGGUGGAGAGCGAGCUUCAGGCCGGCCGGGAGAAGGGCGACCCGACGGAGAGGGAGCUUAGGGUGACGCUGGAGGACGCCGAGCUGUGGAGGAAGUUUCAGCACAUCACCAACGAGAUGAUCGUCACCAAGAAUGGACGCCGAAUGUUCCCGGUCCUGAAGGUCAGCGUGUCCGGUCUGGACCCGAGCUCCAUGUACUCCUUCCUGCUGGACUUUGUGCCGGCCGAUGGCUGCCGCUGGAAGUUCGUGAACGGGGAGUGGGUGGCGGCAGGCCGGGCGGAGGGCCGUGCCGAGGGGCGGGGCCACGGCGGCAUCUACAUCCACCCCGACUCGCCGAACUUCGGAGCGCACUGGAUGAAGGCGGCGGUGACCUUCAACAAGGUCAAACUCACCAACAAGGUCAACGGAGGAGGACAGAUCAUGUUGAACUCUCUCCAUAAGUACGAGCCUCAGCUCCACAUUGUGUGUGUCGGCUCUCGACAUCGUCUGGUCUCCAACGUUUCCUUCAAAGAGACGCAGUUCAUCGCCGUCACCGCCUACCAGAACGAAGAGAUCACAGCUCUGAAGAUCAAAUACAACCCGUUUGCUAAAGCCUUCCUGGACGCUAAAGAGAGGAACCCAGGCGGACGGGGCUUACCGGAGCCGUUGGAGAGUCGCACUGGGAUUCAACCCUGUUGGUCGCUGUGCUCGGCCGGAGGAGGCGGAGCUUUCCCGUAUGGCAGCAGCCUCCCGCUGUCAUCACAUCAUCACCACGGUUACAAGCACCACGGUUACCCCGGGCGACACACACCUUACCCCACCGCCUACCUGCCACACCGCUCGCACUCCUCAGUGUGUCUGUCUGAAGGUGUUCAGGUGUUAUCAGACGGAUGGAGCAGCUCCUCCCCUCGUCCGGCCUCCUCCUCCUCUUCCUCUUUGUCCUCCUCCACCUCCCUUCCCCUCGCCAGCAGUGCUCCUUCCUCGCAGCCUCCUCACAGCUCCAGUCAGUAUCCCUGUCUGUGGACCGUCGGCUGCAGCGAGCUAAGUCCCUCCCACUCACCCUGCAGCGCUCUCCACGGACCAAUCAGCAGCGAGAGCCUCAUGCAGCCCCCCAGUCACGGCCGAGUGGGCGGGGCUGGAUGGCCUCCUGGCCCCACCCACUCUUUCUGAGGAGGGACGUGAUUGGCUAAAUGGAAGUGAAGACUACCGGCUUCUAGAGUUUACUGCUACUGAGUGCUGCUAACCUACUGGUUUCUACUGGUUUCUACUGGUAUUUACUGGUAGCUACUGGUUAAUACUGGUUUUUUACUGGUUUUUACUGGUUUCUUCUGGUAUUUACUGGUAGCUACUGGUAUUUACUGGUUUCUACUGGUUUCUACUGGUAGCUACUGGUUUCUACUGGUUAAUACUGUUUUUUUUACUGGUUUCUACUGGUUUCUUCUGGUAUUUACUGGUAGAUACUGGUAGCUACUGGUAUUUACUGGUAGCUACUGGUUUCUACUGGUUAAUACUGUUUUUUUACUGGUUUCUUCUGGUAUUUACUGGUAGAUACUGGUAUUUACUGGUUUCUACUGGUUUCUACUGGUAUUUACUGGUAGCUACUGGUUUCUACUGGUAGCUACUGGUUUCUACUGGUAUUUACUGGUAGCUACUGGUUUCUACUGGUAGCUACUGGUUUCUACUGGUUACUACCGGUAGCUACUGGUUUCUACUGGUAGCUACUGCUUUCUACUGGUUUCUACUGGUAGCUACUAGUUUCUACUGAUAGCUACUGGUUUCUACUGGUUUCUACUGGUAGCUACUAGUUUCUACUGAUAGCUACUGGUAGCUACUGGUUUCUUCUGAUAGCUACUGGUAGCUACUGGUAUUUACUGGUAGCUACUGGUAUUUACUGGUAGCUACUGGUAUUUACUGGUGGCUACUGGUAUUUACUGGUGUCUACUGGUAUUUACUGCUUUACUGGUUUACUGGUAGCUACUGGUAUUUACUGGUGGCUAAUGGUAUUUACUGGUGUCUACUGGUAUUUACUGGUUUACUGGUAUUUACUGGUAGCUACUGGUAUUUACUGGUAGCUACUGAUAUUUACUGGUGUCUACUGGUAUUUACUGGUGUCUACUGGUAUUUACUGGUAGCUACUGGUAUUUACUAGUAGCUACUGGUAUUUUUACUGGUAUUUACUGGUAGCUACUGGUAUUUACUGGUGUCUACUGGUAUUUACUGGUUUACUGGUAUUAACUGGUAGCUACUGGUAUUUACUAGUAGCUACUGGUAUUUACUGGUGUCUACUGGUAUUUACUGGUUUACUGGUAUUUACUGGUGGCUAAUGGUAUUUACUUAUUUACUGGUAUUUACUGGUGUCUACUGGUAUUUACUGUAUUUACUGGCAUUUACUGGUUUGCUGGUAUUUACUGGUGGCUACUGGUAUUUACUGGUUUGCUGGUAUAUACUUGUGGGUACUGGUAUGUACUGCUAGUAUGUACCAGUAUUUAUUUGUAUGUACUGGUAGCCACAGGUGGUGGCAACUCAUAUCUACUGGUGGCUACUAGAAAAGUAUUGUUGACUAUUUGUAUAUGGAGUACUUUUAAACCGUGAUGGACAAUAAUAUGUGCAGGUGGCUACUCGUCAGUAUUGGGGGCUACUUUUAGAUGCUGGUGCCUACCUAUAAGUACUGGUAACUUUACUGGUGCCUACCUAUAAGUACUGGUAACUUUACUGGUGCCUACCUAUAAGUACUGGUAACUUUACUGGUGCCUACCUAUAAGUACUGGUAACUUUACUGGUGACUACCUAUAAGUACUGGUAACUUUACUGGUGACUACCUAUAGGUACUGGUAACUUUACUGGUGCCUACCUAUAAGUACUGGUAACUUUACUGGUGCCUACCUAUAAGUACUGGUAACUUUACUGGUGACUACCUAUAGGUACUGGUAACUUUACUGGUGCCUACCUAUAAGUACUGGUAACUUUACUGGUGACUACCUAUAAGUACUGGUAACUUUACUGGUGACUACCUAUAGGUACUGGUAACUUUACUGGUGACUACCUAUAGGUACUGGUAACUUUACUG